AUGGACGCGCCACCGGCGCCGAGUGUAUCGCCUAGAAGUAGAGGUGGUCCGGCGGGCGGUGGACCUCCACCCGCGGCGGCGCCGCCGCCAUCGUACUCGCCAGCCGCGGCGCCUCCACCGUCGUAUUCUCCGGCACCUUCGGCUGCGCCACCACCGAUGCAGCAGCAGCAAUCGUUUCAGCAAGCUUCGCCGCCGCCCCAGCAACAGUUUCAACACCAAGCGCCACCACCUAUGCAACAACAACAACAACAGCCACCGCAACACCACCAAGCGCUUUCGCCGCCUCAACAACAACAACAACAACAACAUCAACAACAACCGCCUAGCCCGCGCCGUCCAGCCGGACCACCCGCUGACGUUACCCUUUCCACCGUGCAAUCCUCCAACUGCUCUCCUUCCGGUGCGCAAAUCUCUCAGUGCGUGAAAAAAAUGCACGACGAGUGCUUCCAACAGCUCGCCUCCAACCCGGUGCGAAAGAAGGAGCUCGAAGACUGCUCCAAACGUCUCGGCCAACUCUGUUGGCGCUUAAACGAGAAGCAAGUCUCCGCAGCCGUGGAAGAAAAACUGAUGAAACUCUGCGACGCCGCCUCUCGAGGCGACUGGGCCACCGCCAACUCCGUUCACGUGGAGAUGACCACCCAACACUGGGACGAGUGCAGCGGCUUCUUGACGGCGUUGAAAAGACUUUUGAAAACGCGCAGCGCGCUUUAA